AUGGCUUCCAGUCCUUCCGGAAAUGGCUCCGACAAGCCUCGUCUACAUCAAACUCGAUCGUUCACCAGGAUGGAAACGUCAGAUAUGAACCCUUUCGCCCGCACCAGGGCUAAAACCGUCCAAUCCAUGGCAACCCCAGAAAUUGUCAGCCCGGAUGCGCAUCCAAUAUCGUUGGUGGAUGAAGAGGAGAAUACUGGCCCUGAUGUGUUUGAAAAGAGAGACUCUUCGGAUUCUGGCGUCGGAGACGAUGGGCAGCAGGGUGAUGAAGUCUCCAUGCUCUCCCGGGGCGUUCAGGAUCAGCCGGAAGAGCUUCCAAUUGAACUGGCUAGCUUAACUGAUCGGUUUGUUAACUCCCUGAGCGCCAAGACACAUUCUUCCCCUCCGACUAUCGAUAAGAUAUCGAUGCUCUUCCAGGAUUUCUAUGUCCGCGCAGAAUCGCAUAUAGCCACACAUAUCUCGGCCCUUGCAUCCCGAAUAAACCGUGAUCCCUCACCUCAGCCUCUCCCAAAACUACGCGGAAGCACCAAUAACAAGGGCACUCAAGAUGGCACAGAAAAGGCCAUCUCAGGCCGUCAAAUGUUGACGGCCUCAGAAGUUGCCGAGAAAAGAAAGGCAAGGAAAUUCCUUGCUUAUAAGCGUGUCGCCUUAGAAGAAGCCGUGGAACGGAAAGCUUGUGAAGGUAUAUACGACAAGAUAUGGCGGCACAAAGCUACAUUGGAUGAAGUUAGGGACGAGAAACUGCGCUCCAAAACAGCAGCAUUCAUGUUGGUCGGUAUUAAUCUGAAAGAUCUUGGUAUCGACCUCGACCACAACGCAAUCGAUGAACAGAAACAAAAAGAGGCUGACGACUGUCUCUCUGUCGCCCGAGAAUGUCUUGCGAAAAUGAAUGAUGAAAAAUAUCCUCUGGGGAAGCUCCAGCACCUUGCAGCCGCGCAUAAAGCUAUCGUCGAUGCCUUAACAAAGCUGCUCCCUUCAACUUCGUCUGCUGACGAAAUUCUGCCUACAUUGAUAUAUUCCCUGAUCACCUGUCCACCCGAGGGCAUCAACAUCAUAAGCAAUCUCCUUUUCAUACAACGGUUCCGAUCUUCAAGCAAAAUGGAUGGCGAGACCGCAUAUUGUUUGACUAACCUCGAAGCCGCAAUCUGUUUCCUGGAAAAUGUAGAUCUCUCCAGUCUGCGUGGGGAGGAAUCGCAGGAUGGCCAAACAAAGUCUGCCAGCAAUACUUCAACACCCUCGACUGAACAUAAUGACCCAUUCCCACCUACAAAGGAAGCGGCACAGGCUUCUCUAACAACGGUCUCAGCCUCGUCAGAAAUACUAAAGCCAAACGGCAAUGAGACCGCUUCAGACUCAUUGUCCAGGCCCCAGCAACCUGCAUCGUUGCAACAGCGACGACUGAACAAUCUGUUCCAACCCCCCUCGAAGGUUCUUGGCGCGGCCAAUGAUGCAGUUCGUAACACCGCCGAUCAAGGAUUGAAAAAUAUUGGGGCAUCACUAGAUAGCAGUCUCAACUUCUUCUUCGGUCGUCUCAAGGAAUUACAAGGACCGGGUGGCGAAGGAGGUAGUCCAGUAUUGCCUAAGACCUUGGCAGAGGCUCGUCGUCUGGUCACUUCUCCAUCUACUAGUGACAAUAAAAGCCUGGACGCAGAGGAUAAUGCGACCAAAGAGCCCACAUUGCUAGAAAGACCUUUGAUGAGACACGCUACCUCGAGAGCCGAAGAUCUAUUCGCAGGUAGGCGCUCCCGUGACAGGAGUGCCGAUAGCGUUAGGACUCAGGGAAGUUCCAAGAAGUCUAUUGCUGGAUCGAGUUUGUUCAAAGACGGCUCCUCACCGGGCCAUUCUCAGGCUUCACCUUCGAUACCGCCAUCAUCGACACCCACACCGCUAGAGUCCGUGAGGAACUUUGGAAACACUCUUAACCCACUCAACCAUAUUCCAGGGAUGAUCAAAAGCUUUGGUCGAAACGCCCCCGACACACCUGCACCCGGAGGCCCGGUAUCAUCACCAGCUGCAUCGGAAAGGCUCAAGACCUCUCCCGCUCCAGCAGAGAGACCUCCAAGUACCUCUAGCAGUUCUCCAAAGAUCGAUCCCCCCAUCCAGCGUUUCCUAGAAACCAAGCACGCAAACGACCUAACUAUCGGAGACAUCGCCACAUUACUUGAGGAUUAUAAGAGACUUGCCACGACGCUUUUCAAGCCAGGUGUAGGUUCCAAUUAA